CUCCCCUCCAUCGCUGCCGAAUCCGCCGGGGAUCCCGCAUACCGACGAGCGACCAAUUCAGUUUUGCGUCGUUCAAGAGAGGAUUUGGGUGCAUUUCAACUCUUCGCUGUUUUGGGUCGAAUAACGAAGAGGCGCCUUUGCAGGAGUGGUUUUUUUUACGGCCAGGGUGCGCUCUCAGUGUUUUGCCAGUACUAGUGGUAUUCAGACCCUCGACGUCAGACUCAGCACGGCAUCACCGGACAAGUCGACAAGACCACCCAUCAUCACUGGAGGACAUUGUCACGCCGUCACCGACAUCACCUUAAGAUCACAACGACGGUAUCUGUCACCUUCACGUCCGACUUCGUCUUCACAGCUCCUACACAUUCUCUUUUCAACGAGACCUAAUAUUCCGGCAUCUUGCAUACCGGAUACAGACCCCUUGAGUCCAGAGAUUUUUUCGACCUUGUUGAUUGGAUCACGACGAUUUCUCCUUUGCUUCGCGAACAAAAAGAUCUCUCACUAGGGAUCACUUGUUGGCUGCGGGCAUUUUUUUUGCGACGACUCAAAACAGUCUGGUUUUCUUUGAACUGAUUUCUCACGACCCUUUCGACGACUUAUGGCCAGACCGUCUCACUAGAUCUCGAUCAUUCUCAGCAUUUCGAGAUCCUCUCCCAUCUUGAACCUUGGGGUUUUAUCCGGCUAGUGAUAUCUCCGUUAUAUCCAAGCUCUGAUCCCGGAUCCGUCCAUCUUUCAACGCAUCCUCACUUUCAAACUCAGAUUUUCUGACUACCAACCGCCAAGAUGCCCGGAGGUGUUUGCGCCGUUCUCGACUACGAGGUCGAGUUGAUGGCCGAUUAUGUUUCUGAAAUGGCCACUCGAAUUGUCAUGCCGCAAAAUGCUGUCAACACCGCCUUCAGGAAGUUCGUGUCACAGAUUCUCACUUCCACUCGGCUUCCCAGCACUACCAUCCUUCUCGGCAUGAACUACCUUGCCAAGCGCAUCAACAUGAUGAAGGCUAACGGCCAGACCACCCAUUCCGAAGGUCAAAUCUGGCGCAUGUUGACCAUCUCGCUUUUGCUUGGAAGCAAGUUUCUGGACGAUAACACUUUUCAGAACAAGUCCUGGUCCGAAGUGAGCGGGAUUCCCGUCAAGGAGCUCAACACUCUGGAAUAUGAGUGGCUCGGUGUAAUUGGCUGGCGGCUGUAUGUCAACCUCGAUGAGAGUGAGGAUUACAAUGCCUGGCUGGCAAACUGGAAGGAAUGGUUGGAGGCGAAGAAAUUGCAACAAGCUCAGGCCAACCGCGAACGCUUGGCCUCCCUUGUGCCUCCUAUCAAGACCGAUAUUUCCCGAUCUCGGUUCUCCUCGGCUUGGGAGCAGAAGCAGAUUGCCGAGUAUGAGAGGCUAUCGAGCAUCAAGCGCAGCCAAACCACUCACGUUACUUAUCCUCGCCACGAGCAGUCCGUGUGGGGUCAUUGGUCGCAGCAGCAGGCGCCGUUGACGCCUCCCGACUCUGGAUACGGAACGCCCGAGUAUGUCAACUCGGCGACAUCGGUCAAUUCCCACUACAACGAGUGGUUCGAUAGUGCGGUUAGGGACCAUUGCCAGGCCUCUCGGCAAUACCAGCAGCCUGCGUCAUAUAACUCGUUCUAUCGUGGUUUGUCCAAUCGUCACCAGAACGGCACUUCGGGGUACUGGAACUACACCCACAAUGUUUGGGAGCAUUCCCUUUCCGGUGAUUGCAAUUGCGCCACUUGCGCUGCUACGGACAACUCGCCUCCAUACUUCAUGGGUCACACCUACGGACAGCCGGUUGUUGGCUAAAUAGCCAAGGACACUUGCGACACGGUUUCGACGAUGCCACGAGUUUUGGCGUUUUGAGUGAUCAUACAACAUCCGCAGCUUUUCAUCCGAGGCUGUGCUUUCUCACUGCAUCUUCAUCUGGUGCAGGUUCUUUUACAGGCACAUCAGAGAAUUGAUACAUUGCAUUCAGAUACCCCGAUCGACGAAUGGACCGGUUCGUUUGAAAAGCCCAGAAGACCAGACUCCUCCAGAUUCUGUUCCUAGCGAAAUCCCCACCUUUGCUCGCUCCAUUUCGCAUGCAUGAGCGGAGAAGCAUUGCCACGGCAUGGGAUGGGCAGUCGCAACGUACUUACAUGUGCGAGAUACAAACUUUUCACGCUUCCAUUCGUCAUUGAUUAAUGACUUUCGUUUUCUUCCUCGGUAUAUGGUUCGGUAAUAUUCAUAAACCGGCGUUCUUGGUUUCCUAAAUCACGGGCUUUGUUCAAAUUCGGCAUAGAUUCGACAAAAGUUUUUCAUUUUCUCUUCCAACACACAAGACGGGCGGUUUGCUUCCGCAUCGACUGCCACCUUUUUUUCCCCGGGCCCAUCAGCGUCGACUUGGGUUGCGAGAGUCAGCAUACACUGAUAACAACGACAUAUUUGCAUCAAUGGGUUAUACCCGUUCGAGAGAUGCGAUGUGGUCGAUGUCGCGACAGCUCACAACAAGCACUGCCCGACUUGUUUCAGCUUGAGUGAUAGCUGACAUAACCUUGGGUCGAAGUCACUUGCACUCGCUGGUUGUUUAUGUUUUUCGUCCUGGUUCUUUGCGUUUCAUGCAUUCAC